AUUAGUUAUUAUAAACAAGGUUGGGACGUGAGCACUCGUGUCUAUCGCGCAUACUGUGAAUUGUGAGAUAAGUUGGGUCAAAGUUUAUUCGAUAACAUUAUUUUGUGAGCGUUGUGUGACUGAUGUUUAUUCGUUUUUAAAAUGUUGACUACAACACUUGGUAUUAAAGCUAUAUUAGUACUAAUAUUAUGCAGUGGAAUCCUUGGUGUAAGACUAAACUAUGGAGAUUCAGUGAAUGAUCAGUUACUCUCCGACAAUGUGAAAACUGAUAUUAAUGUACCCCUGAAAUCGUUGAAUUCAAACGAAAAUAAUGUUGAAGUCAUACCUCCGGACGAGACACACGUGUCAUUUGUUAUAAACGACGCAGAACUCGUUCAAAACGAAGAUUUAGAAAAUGAAGUUAUUGGUAUAAUUCUUGGAGGUGAAGCUGUUGACGACAUCAAACCCCGGACAAAGCGGCAAGCAACUAACUCUUAUUCACCACUGUAUCCAAAACUACCGUCGGGACCUCCGUAUAAUCCAUACCAACCACAAAACAAUACAAAUCCAUACGGGCAGAACCCGUACCAGCCACAACCAAGUAAUAAUCCCUAUCAAAACCAAAACCCCUAUCAGCAGCAACCAUCUUACAAUCCUUCAGGUCAAAAUCCCAAUCAACAGCAACCUAGUUUUAAUCCAUAUGGUCCAAACUCUAAUUACCAACAACCUGGCUAUAAUCAAUCUGGUCAAUCACCUUACACCCAGCGCCCUCAACAGUGGAAUUCAAACCGCUACAACUCCUCACAACCUAGUUAUCCAACGAACAAUUUCAAUCCUAAUACUGGUUUUCAUAAUCCUAAUCAAAGCCCGUAUAAUCCUCUGCAAAAUCAGACCUUUAACUAUCCACCAAAUACAGGUGGUUACCGACCGCCAAAUGGGUCCAGUUACAAUACGCCUAUGCCAUCCUUCCCAGGCCAUCCUCCUUCAUCUGGCAACAAGUAUCCUUUUCAAGUGUUAAAUUCAACUAGCCAAAGACCACCUUACUUCAAUCCAAAUCAGUAUCCUUCUUUUAAUCAGUCUCGUCCUAAUCCAUCACACUGGCCUGGUUCCACUAAUUCUCGGUAUCCCAACUAUCCUGGAGUUCAACCAUCUCCGUACAGUCCUUAUGGAUCGCAAGGAUCUCACAAUACAACAUCAUCAUUUGGUUCUCCUUACCGACCCGGAUCUAAUGGGUCGUAUCCUAGCAAUACUAAUUUCAAUCCAAAUUAUCCUUCGUCAAAUGGUUCAAAUGCUUACAAUCCUAGUAUCCCCAACUAUCCCUCACAGAAUCAGGGCCAAUCAUAUGAUCCGCGACGAGUUCCACCACAACACUUUUCUUAUCAUUAAUUGUGUUUUUUUUAUAGCAACGAUUGUUAGAAUUUUAUCUUUGUACAAAAGUACCUAAUAAUGUUGUUUGCGGUUUAUUAUCAUGUUAUGUAUGUACGUUUAAAACGUACAUUGAAUAAAUUAACAGUAUGCUUAGAAGGAAUAUGUUAUGAAUUUAUAUAGAUAAUUAAACGAUGAACAAUAUUCGA